UUAAAAGUGUCGUUUCCCUUGCGUCACUACUACAGGCGUGACACGGCGGGGAGAGCUGAGUUUACAGUCAGGGCACGGAGUGAAAACACGCACACUGACACCCCUCAAACAGACGAACACACGCGCUUACAGGAGGGGGUUUGACAGGAUAAUGGCGUCUGUGAGUGUGGUGGGGCAGCAGCCGGGUCCGCAGUUCUUCGGGCAGCUCGGUGGCAGAAAGAAAACCAUCCUGCCGAGGAAAAAGUCCUGGGAGAUGUUCAGGAGAAGCUCAGGGAGCGGGGAGGAAGAUGUGUCUGUCACUGCUGGAGGAGACACAGGGACGGUGGUGAGAGGAGGAAUGAUGCCCGGUGAAGGAUGCGGGGCUCCGUCCGCCCAUUCUGCGCCACGUAGCCCGGAGCAGCAGCGGGACAGCGGCGCGGGCACCGCCGCUGGGGCACGGCAAAGUCACAACGGGCACAUCACCGGCGACUGCAGCAGCAACAGCUACAUGGACUGUCACGCCAAGCACACCGCCCGCGGGGGUCGGAGGAGCUCCUCGCUGAAGGGACCGGGCACUAAUGUCAUACCGAGCGAAUCGCUGGCGAGUGGACAUAAAAGAUUGCACCGGCAUCGGAGCGCGACGCAGGCAGACUCUGUGAACGGAGACGGCGGACGUCAGAGCAUCUCCUUGCGGCAUUCAGCGCCAGGGAAAAGCGGCGGUCUUCCACUGGAGCGGGUUACGCAGGGCAGAACCGGAGUGGUGAAGCUGGCUCGUCCCGAACCUCACCGCAUGGAGGCCUGGUCCAUCUUCUCUCAGGGGACGGACCCCCGGGUGAAGACGGAAAGGGGUGAAGGACACCGUUUCGAGGCCAAGCCCGUUAAGCAGGACUGGUGUGACGCGUGUAGCCGGCAGGUCACUGUGGAGGCACUCAAAUGUCAAAACUGCAGCUACACAUGUCACCUGGAGUGUAAAAGUAAAGUACAGAUUGACUGCAACAAGAGGGACAGAGAGCCCAAGGAAGCUCCUUCUCCCAGACGGCACAGCUCCUCCACAGCCUCUCAGUUCAGGCAGAAUGCAGCAAAGGAAGAAGAGAAGGGAGCGACAAAAGACCUAUCAGUGGAAGAAGUGCGGGCCAGGAUUGAAGCGUAUAACGCUCAAGUCACAGAAAAUGGAAUGAAAUUGGCUUCAGACGGCUCAUACACAGGCUUCAUUAAAGUCCACCUGAGGCUCAAUCGACCAGUCACCGUCCAUGGCGUGGACCCGUCAGCCUCAGACGGUGCGUCCAAGCAGGUCAGCGACCGCCUCCAAGCUCCGCCGAAGGAGCAGGAAGCUACAGACUCUGAGCAUUCAGAGACGAGAACGUCCUUCUAUCUACCAAGCGACAGUGUGAAGCAGCUCCACAUCAGCUCUCAAACCACCACAGGAGAGGUCAUCAAGGGCUUGCUGAAGAAGUUCAUGGUGUUGGACGAUCCACGCAAGUUUGCGUUGUACAGGCAGACGCACCGCGACGGACAGGACCUCUUCCAGAAGCUUCCUCUCUCUGACCACCCUCUUCUUCUAAGGUUGAUUGCGGGACCAGAUCCAGAGCAGCUCAGCUUUGUGCUUAAGGAAAAUCAGACCGGAGAAGUAGAGUGGCAUGCAUUCUCUGUCCCCGAGCUUCAAAACUUCCUGGUCAUCCUUCAGAAAGAGGAGGCGGAGCGCAUUAGAGCAGUGGAGCAAAAAUACACUGUUUACCGAAAGAAACUACAGCAGGCCCUUCAACAACAUACCCCCUGACCCCCGUCACACAUAACGUCAUGGCUUUAACCCAGGGAGAGACUGACCCUUUGAACUCCGACACCUUCGAGAUCUAUUCGCAGAGCAGAGCCCGAACUAGCUUUUCUUGGAGCUCCAGAUAUACACGCGGACGUGCACACAUGUUCACACGUGGUUGCAUAGCCUUUCUCAGGACGCAUAUGAGCCCCUCUCACCGCCACCACAACCCCUCAUACGUCGCCUCCUUGUGAAGGGGAUCGGGAGUCGAAAGCGUUGUAAAAAGCUACAGAGUGUGUGUUGUCUUCUAGCUGAUGGGACAAAUAGUGCCAAGGACGCUUGCACACACACACACAUACACACAGAAAGAUCUGUACUGUAACUCAACUCGAGUUGAGACUGAUAGAUUUUCAUAAUAAGUGGUGUUUGUAAAGAUUCCCUCUUCUUCUGCUACCGCUGCUGCUGCUGCUGCUACUGCAAGUGUUACUUAUGCAUGAGUCUGAGCUCAUCUUCCCUGCACAUAGACUUAGGAUUAGAACAGUAGGCAUGAUUACUUUUUUUCUGCAUCAUGCAGGGAUGGAAGGACAAUCAUACUGUGUUGUUCCUGGAAAUGAUAUAUCAGUUAUCAGCAGAUGUGCUAUUUUAUCUCUCUGGAGUUCUAAGGGAGGUAUUUAGGGUGGGAGUUGAAGUACUGGCAACCCGUGCUUCUCCUUAGAAAAUGUUUUCUUAAGGAGUUUCGAAAUCUCAGAACGGGUAUAAGAAAGCGAGAUCCAUUCUGGGCUUUUUCUCAGGGAGCAUGAAUUGGGAACAGAGAAAAGCUAAAGGAGGAAAAAGAUAGCCCUGUUCCACGUAGAACAAGCUCGUUUUAGCCCCUGCUUAUCUGUUCUUAUUUGCUAAAUUCAGUCAGUGCUUCUUCAGCCACACCCAGUUGGCACCCUUCUCCAUGCUCCUGCAAAACAUACACAUAAUCCAGACAUGUUCCAAGAUGAUAACUGUCAUAUAAUUUCCAUUUCCCCUCUCACUUUAAUCGCAAUCAAACUUGCAUGAAUUCCACUUGCAAACUGCAUGAACCCCACCUGCGGAGAAAAGCCUGCCGAGGGAGGUGAACCACAAACCUUUAUCGACACACUUUAUGUACACUGAUGGAGUUGUAUAUUAAAUGUUACAGGACUUUGAUGCCAAAGCUUAGAGAGGGGGCACAUCUGCCGAGAGUGAUUAAAGCGAUUACAGACAAAAGUUUGUUCAAUUAAAGGUGGUGUAUGUGAGGAAAACUGAUUCUGUUUUGCACAUUUACAGUAGACGCAGGUUAAUGAUGGUCCAAACAUCUGGGGCUGGGCAUGCGUUUAGGUUUUCUUGAAUCUACCUGCCUUCCAACCUAAAAAAAAAAAGAGGAAAUAAUAAUAUAUAAAUUUCAUGAACAUGGCUAUGAUGUACCAAUGAUGUGUUUGCAAUGCAUAUGAAUUAUGUAGACACUGGAAAAAGAGUGACAAGGUUUAACUUAACUGUUGAAAUGAACAUUUUUAGGUAUCAUUCCUGCUGGUUGGUUUGUGUGUGUGUGCGUCUGUGUGCGCGUGUGUCUGCACUCUCAUUUAGGGCAGUGAGGAUCAUGUGAAUAGUGUUUUAAAAUGAGUGUGUCUGUCAACAGCGCUCCAUCAUUGGGCCUCACUUACAAAGAUGUGCAUUUAGUGCACGUAUAAUGUAACGGAUCCUAACUGCACAUUAGCUGGCUGCUAAAACAUCUGGAGUGCAUGCAUCACAGAAAACAUUCAACCUUGAGAAGUUCUUAUGCUUCUUCAUUUAGUGCAUAAAAGUACUGAUACACGAGGCCUGUUGUCCAUGAGCACAUGCGUCCCUCUGUACUGUUUGUGUGUUUGUUUUUUCUUACUUUUAACGCCACCACCCAAAGCCUGAGCUGUUCCUGCUGGCAGUGCCUUUUUUUUCUUGUGCCCCUGUGUAUCUAUGUACUGUGUUUCAGCACACAGGUGCCCGAGUUAAAUGUAUGGGUGCUUUCGCAUGUGUGCAAACCUGUGUCCCUCGGGUGGUGCUGUUUCUCUCAUUUUUCUUUCUG